ACCUCGCACCCGCUCCUCCUGCUCUCGACGCGGUACGACCCGGUGACGCCGCUGUCGCAGGCGCGCCGGGUGAACGCGCGGUUCGGCGGCUCUCGGCUGCUCGUGCAGGAGGGGCACGGGCACUGCUCGGUGUCGAGCCCGAGCGUGUGCAAGGCCAAGGUCGUGCGCGCGUACUUUGAGAACGGGACGCUGCCGGGGAAGGGGGCGACGUGCGAGCCGGAC